AUGGUGUUGGAAAGGCACCUACUGCUCGUGCUGCCCGAAGAGGCCCAGCUCCUCAAGCUUGCUCGGAAUGUCGUAGGCACGUCUCAACUUCUUCCAAUAAUCGCUGAACUUGAAUCGCUUUGCUCUUUUGCCUAUGGAGCAUACGUUGCUGACCGGCAUGUUUGCAGACUAAAGCUGCGGUGCAACAAAUUGACACCCUGUGCAACAUGUAGCAAGAGGGGCUUGCCUGAACGGUGCUCGGGCGCUACCAUUGGAGAAUCACCUACCGAUCCUACCACCCUUAUGCUGGCUGCAGCCACCUCGACUAUCCGGGAACUGCAAGAUCGAAAUAAGGCAUUAGAAGAGCACAUCGUGACUCUACAGCAGGCGGUACUUGAUGUUCUUCAUGGAGACAAGUCUGUGAUGCAACCCGAGCAUGUCCUGCAUGCCGAACUUAUCGAACUCAAAAAGAAAAACCAAGUCGCCGCCUGCAUAGACAAGACCGACAUGCUCACUCAGGUUGUGGACUCAUUUGGCACACUCUCCGUCUCCGUAGAUACGGACAAAACAACCUUUUUAGGGUCUACUGCCAGCAGCGAGUUCUUUAUCAACCUCUCUCAACCUGAGCAGAACCAAGACUUUGCAGGUCACCGCCUGAAAUGCUCCACCCAGAACCUGCCUGCAGAGCUACUUCUGCUCGGCCGUAUCUUUAGUUUUAGCUCGAGUCCUGAACUCGCUUCCGCAAAUAUUCGAUUGGCACUGCGGGCUGCCGCGCCACCAGCAAAUAUUGCUCGAGUAUUCUGUGAAAACUUCUUCACGUACGGCUCUUGGCUAUCAUCUCCGAUUUGCCGCAAAGAGUUCUUCGAGGAGGUCUUUGAGCCACUCUACGCUGCCUCUUCUUGGUCAGACUUUACUUUUGACCGCAUUGCGUUAUUGUACGCGAUGCUUUCAGUGGGAAUGCUGCUCGAUUUCAGAUUGGAGAAAGCGACUGACCGCUGGAAUUACGGCUAUCGCUUUCACAAAAUUGCAGGCGGUACAUUGGGAAUGGCAGAGUAUCAGGAGAGCCCAUCUGUGACGGGGUGCCAAGUGCUGGCACUCGUUUGCUUGUUCCAUCUCUAUGCCGAUGACCCGGAUGGCCCAGCAAGAUGCUUUGCAACGACGGGUCUCUUACUUAGACUCGGCCAAAGCCUUGGUUUACAUCGCAAGAACCCCAUAUUUGAGUCAAACGUGAAAGAGCGCCGACGCAGAUCCCGCAUAUGGUGGGAAAUUGUAUUUCUUGACCGCAUGCAAAGCUUGUUUUAUGGACGUCCAAGUGCCAUUGACAACAAACAGUGCGAUGCUCCUUUCCCGGAGCAGUGCUCUGACGAGCUUACUCAUCGUGUCGUCAAGCACCAGUUCAUUGACUCGUGCAUUGUGCCUGUCCUCACCCAAGUAUUGGCCGUGGAACCACCCAACUAUGCCACUGUUCUGAAACUGGACAAGCUGGUCCGAGACUUUCAAAUGCCGGACCCAAUACCUCCUAUAACUGAUGGGGAACAGUCGGCGAUGUGUCUCGCUUUUCAGAACUACGCGUUGCACGGGUACAGGGAAAUGACUCUCCUGCAUUUGCACCGUAGUGCCUUUAUUGCGGCACUUCGUGAAAGCCCCCAUGAUCCCUUGAAACACCGCUUCUCUCCGUCCGUACUCGCUGUUCACAAAUCGGCAUGCGUCGUAAUCCACAACACCUAUGCUCUCCUGCAACAGUACUCCGUCAUGGUCCCAAGGUCUUACAUUUGGGCUCUCCAUGCAUUCUCUGCAUCGGUGCUAUUGGCGGCUUUAGUAACAAGGUGCCCUGGAUCAUCACUGUCCAAUGUGGCAAUGAUCAAGUUGGGCUACGCUUGCAGUAUUUUCGAACAGUGUAAAGACAAUGUUCGCAUGUCCACCGCGCUGCCAAUUGUGCUCAAGUUCCACAACGUCGCUCAAAAGGCGUUCGUCAGCUUCAAAGCUGGUGAAGAUACACAACCAACUGAUCAAGAGAAGGAGCAGUUGUCUAUCCUGAGCGGAACGACCCAAGUUGUAUUCUCUCAAGCAAGAUCCCAGGGCAGUUCACCAGGAGAUAGUGACUCUUUGGCUACACCUGACCUUGGUGAGGCGCUAGAAGAGCAUUUCAGAUCGGUCGAACGGGAGCAGCAACAGUUUGACCCGACCAAUCCAGUAGCACCCGUAUUCGAGCCAGCACCCUCACCAAUUCCGAUCGCACCGGAAAUUUCUGGUGUAGAGGGUGAGGAAGAAGCGUUUUUGGAAGCUGCGAUGCAAUACUUCAAAGGGGCGGAAGGCGGGGGUGCAGAAGUUCUUGCGGGCUUCCAAGGUAUCCCUGGUCAAUUGCCCAUGCCAAUCGAUGGCGUGAACUAUAAUUUAAACAUGCUACAGGAGUCACAAUCCAAUGACCCUUUGGAGUUUCUCUCAAGGCAGGUCAUUAAUCCAACCACCCCUGGGCAGAGCUGGGAUUAUGCACCUUGA